GUUCGAUGUGUGGUUUCCGCAGAACUACUACCUAUUCUUGAUCGUACAAACAGCUUACAAUAAAAUUAAUUCAUAAUGAUAGAGGUUUAUAAAAAUUAUGUUUCAUUAUAAUGUAGUGAUGAUAGUGGUGUGUUGUUACGCGGUGCAAACUUAAUAAAGGAAUUAUAAUUAUAUUAGCUCAUAAUGAACUGUCAUCAAGUACUCAGUGGUGCCUGUAAUUCAGGAGAUCAAUGUUUUGCUGUUGGUUCUGUUGAAGGAAUACCUUUUACAGCAUAUGCAGCAGGAUGUAAUAUAGUAAUAUUGGCAUCAAAUUUUGAACGUGUGCAAAUAAUACCUGGUGCCAUACAUGGCUAUAUACGUAUCAGCUCUUUGGACUGUAGCACAGACACUGGUAAAAUAGCAGCGGCAUAUGGAGCAGAAGUGUGUAUAUUUGAACCUACACCAUUGAUACACACUGCGUCUACCACUCAUGGUUUGGAAUACCGAUGGGUGCAAACAGGCAAAUUAGUAGCGGAUGGUCCCAUAACAGCAUUAUCUUGGAAUCUAGAGGGUACGAGAUUACUGACUGGAGGUAGAAUAUUACAACUGUGGCACCAAGCAUCACUAUACCAAGAUGACAGUCAGCCAAGUUCCGGUGUCACAUUCCAAAUCGGCGGUGACAAAGACGACAAACCGAAACAAGCUGAAGAGGAAGAGCCUGGUUGGUUAUGUGUAUGGCAAUGUCACACGGCCACGCCGGCGCACCACCUCGCCUUCAGCCCGGAUGGUGUGCUGUUCGCUACAUCUGGCAUCAAUGAUAGACUCGUCAAGAUUUGGUAUCAAAAUAAAGUACUGGUGCAAGCCCACGGAGAGCACUCACCGUCCGAGUUAAACUACACGUUUAUAUACGUGGCGCAUCCACGGGCCGUCACGCAUCUCUCGUGGCGGAAGACUAGCAAAUAUAUGCCAAAGGGCAGCGUCGGCAACGUGCUAGUGACGUCAUGCGUGGACAACAUCUGCCGCGUGUGGGCGGAGACACUAUUGCCGGAGGACGAGUGGGGCGGCUCGGUGACUGCACACUCUCGGUCCCCGCCGCGCAGGCAGCGCGCGACGCACCGCCACAAGCAUCGGUUCAUGCAGCGCUUGAAGCAUAUGAAAACGUGUUUCCAUAUCCGACGUAACGCACAGUCGUCGAAGCAGCCGAGCGCGCCUAUCCCAACACUGCCUUCCACCUACAGUGCUCACGAUUUCCACAACCCCUAUCACUCUACUUCAUAUACGGGUGGUCUUCAUUUCCAUCUAGCAGCAUCAAUAAACGCUGAGACGGAUAUACCGCUAGUGCCGUCUCUGUCUGGAGGUGGUCGCUUCAUCCUGCAUUGGCUACAUAACAAAGAAAUGCACUUUACAAGUCAAGCGGAAGCUAUACUACAUGAUUUAACUAAAAAAAUUCUAGAUAAAGAAGAAACAGAAGAAGGUGGUUCCGGAUCAGAUCAUACCGCACAUCACGAUGGCGAACAUGAAAGAAAUAGACGGCCGAGCCAUCACUUGACUAAAGUACUAUCUGAGGACAGCAAUAGCGAUGAGAAUCCAGGUAACGGUAACCAUAGCCAUCCAAGCCUGUCAAACACGACGUCCAUAAACUCGAUCGCAACUGACGUCACGUGCACGCACUUGCCGGACUCGCUCGACGCAAAGAUAGAAGGGCUAUUGCGAGAUUGGCACCAGAGUCCCGAUCUGCUGUUCUCUAUACACCCUGUUGAUGGCAGUUUUCUUAUAUGGGUGUGCGAGUGGCUGGACGAGCUGCAAGCGGGCGCGAUCCGGCAGGCACAAGUGUCGUUCUCCGCGCGCAUCCCGUCCGCGUUCCCGCUGGGCGACGCGACCACCAUGUGCACGCCGGCCGCGCUCUACCACGCGGCCGCGCAGCCGCUGUACGUGCGCCACCGGACCAAGCCGGUCACUGCGGGUCCACUGCAACCCGAAACAGUAACAACCCCAUUAGAAAGUGUUCAAGAAGAAAAAGAAGAGACCGAAUGGCCACAGACCGCAGAACAACAAGCAGAAAAUCGGGAAAAUGGAGAGGGAGAAGAAAACGACACUGAUAUGAAACGCAAAACAAGUAUUACAACAGAAGACUUGGAGAACCAGGACUCCGACGUAUUAGAGUCGGCACCUGUCAUUUCAAUGGUCACAAACCAUACCAAUGGCACGCUAAAUCUCUGGCAGUUGACUUUCGAUGAUAAAUCCAAGUUCUCUCAGGUCCUCUCAAUAGGCCACGCUUCAAGAGCGUCAGGACAUCGGUUUAGAGUCAACGAUAUAACAUGCCAUCCAGUAUUACCGCUAUUACUAACAACUAGUCACCACAAUAUAUCUGACGAAGCACGUGAAACGGCACCCACACCAGAUCAACUAGCGGCGGGUGGACUAUGUUCUGAACUAAUAAUGUGGCGCGUGGAAUGCGUGGGUCCGCUCGGCAAGUCUGGUGGUGUGGCCGAACUGGCGCGAGUCAACUCGCCGCAUCUCUCCGCGUUCAGUAAUGUGGCUUGGCUGCCUACCUUACUGCCCAGCACUACACUAGGAAAUCUCUCCAAUUCUCCAUCAGCGUGUUUUGUUGCGAGUGACGGAGAGAGCUUACGACUGUUUCAAGCAGUUAUCGAUGCUCGCACGUUGUUAGCAGAAAUAGCAUCGUCAGAACGACGUCAUAAAGAUGUAAUGCACGACACAAUGUCAAUGUCAUCGGACUCUACAAUAGAAGAAGGGGGUGGAGUUCCCCUCCACGAUCGGUUUAAGAUCGUAUCCCAACAGUCCACCGCACGGCCGGGAGCGAUCAUACAGUUGCACGCUAUAGCGGACGCGACGCAUGACUGGCAUAAUACGCAACUAUUGCACGUGUUUCAAGAGCAAUUGAUUACGGGUGAAAGAACAUCAACCGACACGGAAAGCGCGGACUCCGGUGUGGAAGGAUCAGACGUGAACACAAUAACGGAAGCUGGUCUCGAAGCAAUAGUUGAUCUACGUAAAGCGGCAGUUUUCAAUGAGCCCUUCUAUAUCGUGGUGCUAGAGAGAACCGAUGGAGGCUCUACUGUGCAUAUGUGGCGGCUUACUGUAUCUUCGCAAGCGGAUCCUAAUGAUGAUAUGACGAACAGCAUGAUGUACGUACCGGAUAGUGCUUUGGUACAAGAAGAUGAAGGGGGAGAGUCUCGAAAGAAUUCAGUGUCUGUUGAUGCUGACCAACCAACGCCUACACAGCAUUAUCAUUCACAUCUUGCAAUUACUACUAAAAAGGUCUGUGAAUGUCCGCUAUCACUACCGGAAGGUGUGGAUGUCAUCCACGCUACUCCAGCGGCAGGUCACUUGAGCUCAGCUUCUAUAUAUCCAGCUUGUCUUGCACCAUACAUACUUGCUACCGCCUGUUCGGAUAGCACACUCAGAUUUUGGAAGUGCAACGUCACUAAAAAAGAUGACGAUUUUGAGUAUACGUGGAAGGAAUGGGAAAUGAUGAACAAAGACCAAGAAUCGACUAUAGACAUUCCAGGCCAACCACUGCAUAUAAGCGCCGCGUACUCCGGACGUAUCGCGUGCGCAUAUAAGUGCGGACGCUCGUUCACGCGUCCAAAAACCCUCUCAACCACCAAUCCUAACAACCCUGACGCACGUUUUGUCAACCUAUGCGUUUGCGUGUACGAAUGCGAGAGUACUGGCGGUGCUGAAUGGCUCCUAGAAGACACGAUACCUUUGAGAAACGUGAGCCUCCCGCGUGUGGGAGUGUGCACGGACACACAGAUCGAUCUCUCUUACUUGCACGAUACGACGUUCAUGCAGAAGAAACAGAGGAUUAAUCAGGUACUCCAAACGUUGUCUUCCGACGAGAGCCGUAACAACCGUAACGGAGAAGCGGACCCGGGCAAAGCUGCCGGUCUACUCGCUGUGCCAUCCUUCAGUACUCUCCAAUCUCUGCGCAGAAGCAUCAUGGAGAACGGCAACACUUGCCCCCUUACACAGAAACAUUUGGUACAACUGGACUGGGUGUCGAAGGAAGACGGGUCUCAUAUACUGACGGUUGCUGUGGGAUCCAGAGUAUUGCUGUUCACUCCGGUGUCUAGUGAUUUGGCGCAAGCUAAUAUUAAGGCUAUGAAAGAAUCGAUAAACAACAACCGACCCAUACUUCGCAAAGCUUCAUCGCUAGCAGCGCCGCUAUUCGUCGAAGAGAUCCGUUGGAUGCAGUUACGAAGAAUCGAGCUCAAAACAGCUGAUGGACUUCCCCCACUACCAAUGCAGAUAUCGUGGGUUCGAGACGGUAUACUCGUUGUGGGCAUGGACUCAGAAAUGCACGUCUACUCGCAGUGGAAGCCGGAGAAUCAACAGAUCACUUCUGGACAGAUGAGUGGACAGGAGGUAGAAGAGGGCGGGGAAUCUCGUGCCCUCCGUGACUCAGACUUGCGUGUAUCAGCGCCGCACUUGCAGCGUGUGUCGUCUAUCAACUUGCAGCUGCUUGAGAGAGACGCGAGACGGAGGAAUAAAGCGCAACCGGAUCAGCCACAACCAUUAUUGGACUACAUGCCGGACUUCGGGUUGUUUGAAGCAUCACAGAUGGCAUGUCCAGUGUUGCCGCAAUAUCAUCCUAAACAACUGAUGGAGUUGCUCAACAGUGGCAAAAUACGAUGGGUUAAAGCUAUUUUAGCGCAUUUGGUUCGGUGUAUUGGUGGAACUUACACAAACCGAAGUUCCCAAGGUGACGAAGAUAGUAUAUCAAGACAGCGCGGCUGGUCGCGGUCCCGCACGCUGUCCGUGUCGUUCGCUGCGGGCGCCGCAUCGCCGCUUGACGGCGUCGCACAGAUAACAGAAGAUGUUCAGUUGGAUUACGCGGAAUUGACUUCAGUGCCUCCUCUACCUCUAUGGACAUUACUUGUCGCUGACAAGGAGUCCUCUCAUCAUCCGUCCACUAUUCAAGAAGCUAAGGAUUACAAUGAACUAUUCGAAGGAACAAUGGAAGUUGAAGAGGACUUGGAUGCUUUGCUCUUGGAAGAAGAAGACGGCGUUGACCGCAGGCCUUCUAUGCCAGAACGUCAACCGUUAUCUCAUUUUGGCCCCAGACAAGGUCGCAUCCUUUCUCGCGUUUUAACACACACACAUUUGCCGGGUCUUAGCUCACUCGAUCAAAUGCACUUAUUGGCGUUAGCCGAUACAGUGUCAACUUGCGAUGCGGACUUCACAGAGAGAUUGACGAAAAAUGCAAUGGUUGACGUUGCUCAAGGGGCAGGACAGGAAAUAUUACCGGACUCGCUCGACGACUGUGGCCUCCGGUUCCUUCUAGCUAUGAAGCACUAUGGCUAUUUACUCCGUUGUCUGCCGCUAGCUCAACGUGCUUCGUUACAAAGAACCGGUGUUGGCACUUGUAACCUCGUGUGGGCUUUCCACUCUGAGUCGCACGAACAGUUGCUGGGGUUAGUGCCAGGGUAUACGAAGGGACAGCCCAAAUGGAGCACUAUGAGGGAAUUGGGUGUGGGUUGGUGGAUAAGAGGUGAUUUACUGCGGAUAUGUGUUGAGAAGUUAGCUCGCGCCUCCUACAUGGCGAAGCAAGAUCCAAUGGAUGCCGCCUUAUAUUAUUUGGCUAUGAAAAAGAAAACUUUGCUGUGGGGUCUGUUCAGAUCUAAUCAUCACGAUAAGAUGACUGCAUUCUUUUCGAAUGACUUUGGUGAAGAUCGUUGGAGAAAAGCAGCAUUAAAGAAUGCUUUUGUGCUUCUUGGAAAACAGAGAUUUGAGCAUGCUGCAGCAUUCUUUUUGUUGGGAGGUGCUUUGAAAGACGCGUUAGAGGUACUAAUAACCCGUUUAGGAGAUCUACAAUUAGCGAUGGUUGUAGCCAGGUUAUAUGAAUCAGACACCACAUUGCCACCGAGCUUAAGAAAGCUGCUCAUGGAUGAAAUAUUAGGUGGUGAGACAGAAGACGGAGAAAUGGAUCUAGAGCACGCGCACCCAGAUCCGUUCGUUCGAUCCAUGGCGUUAUGGGAACUGAAACAAUAUGGCGCCGCGUUAGAUACGUUAUUAACGCCCGCGGGCAGAUUGCACGCAGCGAGAGAUAAUGAGCCGCAACCAAGUGUGUUCAACUUCUACGUGUAUCUGCGGACGCAUCCGAGGCUGAAACGGCAUAAUAUGCCUAGUCAGGGUGCUACUCUAGCUUUACUAAACCAAGAGCCAGACGAAGGUAUAACUCGAUUAGAGCGGCGGCUAUACUUCCAAACCGCGCACGGGCACUUCAAAGCGGGCUGUCCCGCGCUAGCUCUGGAAGUGCUCUCGAAGCUUCCAGCGCGAGUGAGAGAUGAGAAACCGAAGACCGUGGUGCCGGAACAUAAUCAAGUGGUCAUUCAUACAGGGCAAUUGGAUGAUUCGACGAAAAAAGAAGAAACCACAGUCGAUUGGGCUGCGCCUUCAGUAGACUGGAGCGCUCCAGUAAGCGUACCGAAAACGGAAGAGUUGGAUCUCGACUGGGGUGCUCCCGUUUCCACUGCUAAGAAUGAUGAGUUGGUGCUCACGUGGGAUGAUGAUGAUAAUAAAUCCGACGCAUCUGGCACGUCGACGCCGCCACUAGAAAUGAAAAUAAAUAAAACAGAAGAAGAACCGGUUGCCAACGGGGUGUCCGAACCAGAAAAGGACGAUACACCGACCGUUGAUAUCAUGGCACAGCAGCUCAAGUUUGUUGCGUGCCUUAAAAUAUUGAUGGAAGAGCUGAGCACGCUUGCUACUGGAUUUGAAGUGGACGGUGGUCAUCUCCGUUACCAGCUAUACAUCUGGUUGGAACGUGAAGUGGAAGCGCUCCGGCGUCUCUGCGGCUAUGUAGCGACGCCGCCCGCGGGAGAACUGCUAUGUGCUGAUCCAGAACAAACUCCACUGCCAGACAAACCGACACUGCAUCAACUGCUUGUGCGGGAAAAGGCAGACUUUGAAGCGAAAGUGCAGCGGGCGGUUAGGAGGAAGAAGUGGCUCAAAGCGAAUGAGACUCUACUCCGAACGCUACUAUCCUACUGCUCACUCCACGGUGCUGGCGGAGGUGGUCUAGCAUCAGUCCGUAUGGAGCUAGUAUUGCUAUUACAAGAACUGGGUCAGGAUAAGCAGCAUCAGCAGUUACUAUCACCUCUGCCGUUCCCCACCACGCUGCCGUUGCUGGCCGCUGCUGUGGCAGCUAAUAACACGGUUGUUGCUGAUCCUGUGAGACACUUGCAGUCUGUAGCACACGACAUGCUAGGCACGAUCGGCGAGCUAGGAGUCCCGGGUGGUUCGGCCACUCGCCUCUUACACACAUUACGAGAACUGGCCGUGGCUCUGUCCGCUUGUAUCUAUCAAAGCCUGUGCGAUUCGGAUACGUUCAGCUUGAAACACCCGCAGCAUCAUGAUGGAAUUAUUGCUGAAACGCCGGGUACAUCAAAUUUACUUGUCAGAGCGAGACGAUUUUCAACAGAAGAACUCGCAGUUACUACUCCUUCCAAUAAAUGGCCUGGUGUAUCAGCGCUCCGCGGGCUAGCUUUACGAGCGGCAGAAGAAGAAGACGCUCCCCGCUUACCCGUGCUGCUCGCUGAAGCGUUCUGUGCGGUGUACCUGGCUCUGCUCGGCUGGGCUCUAGCAGCCAGAGAUGCGCAUCUACUGUACAGGCUCGCUGCACACAAUAUGGAGACCAAAGUGCACGCUAAGCUGUUUGGUGGAGGGGUUAGGCGUUUGCUCACUACGGCGCCCGCUCCGCCUCAGCCAAAACUAGUAGAGCGCACGGAAGGCACGUCAGUGUGGUCAUCUCUACGCGAGAAGCGCGCGUUACUACACAUGCGUCUAUUGGGUCUGGGACCGACCGCACCGCACGCGAACAUACAAGAGGGUCGACCCACGUAUAGGGAACAGUUUGUGUCGCCGCAGUGCAGUAUACUCACUUUCUUGCUUACUAAGCCAUCGGCUGAACAAGACCCAGACAAUAAUGAUUACGAUUCCGCCGAGUCCGGUGAUGAAGAUGAACACGAGAGUGAAAGCGAAGCGGAAGACGAUAUCUUUGAUACGUCCACUACCAAACCGACAAAAAACCGCGGCAGCAACAGCGAGCACUCGGACCCGGAGUCGUACUCGUGGUACGUGAUGCGUGUCGGCGUGCUGCGCCUCGCACAGACCAAGCUGCAGCACUUCCUGCAGCAGUGCGGCAUUGAGAUGUCCGAGCUAGCGACCACAAGCCCUACAAUACACGCGGCACUGCGGCGUGUAGAACAGUGGCAGCAGCAGCUCAGCGAAACGCUGGAGUCACGAGCCGCUCCGCAGGACUACAUACCGGGCUGCUUCCCCGACCAGAUCACUAGCGGACCGCCUAUUAAUAAGUACAGAUGUCUCCUAGAAAAACACAACACACCAUUCAAUGCGUCCAUGUAUAGUUCUGCACCUGCCAGACGUCUAUGGAAUUACCUCGUACGUCAGGAGCAAAUUCAGGACAUAUUCAUCCGCGCGGUGUUCUCCCGGCGACGCACGCAGUCAACGUGCGAGCCCGCAGCAGAUGGACGCACGGUGACGCGACAUGAUGACGAGCUGCACAGCCCUGUACGCAUCAUACACAAGGAGCAGGAUUCGAUUGCCGCUUUCUGUCUUAAUAAGGUGGGAGGGGGUCUGCUGGCAGUGGCGACAGCUCGCGAGGUCCAAGAGAUGGACGUGUCGCUGCUGCUGCGCGGCGGCGCGUGCUGGGCGGAGGAGUGCGAGGUGGACCUGCUCGCGCUCGCCAGCGACCCCGCCGCGCUGCCCGACACCGGCUUCCUGCUCAUACAGCACCACGACAAGGGCAACAGCGGCUCAGUACCGGGCACGGGCAACACUUCACCGAUGAACCCCACCGCGCCCUCCGCGCCUGUUGGUAUCGCGGGGCAGACUGGCCGCGGUGCUAGUGUGGUGAAAGGACUGCAGUUUCCGGGUUGCCACGACGCGAAAUACUGUCGUCUGGUGCUGCACCGCUCCAAGCUUCUCAUGAAACCGGUGCUGAAACACAAAAUCGACAAUAUUAAGCGUAUGGCAGCGCAUCCUUCACAACCCUUGUACCUGACGGGCGGCGCGGACGGGUCGGUGCAGCUGUGGGAGUGGGGCCACCCGUACUGCGUGUGGUCGCCGCGCGCGCCGGGCGCGUUCGCGAAGGUGACGCGCGUGCGCUUCUCGGACUACGGCAACAAGUUCGCGGCGUCCGACGCGGACGGCAACCUGGCCAUGUGGCAGCUGCAGCCCGCGCCCAAGGGCAGCGCGCAGCCGCAAGCCCCGCCACGCCCCUUCUUUACUCAUCAGUGUCAUAGCAAAGGAAUAAGCGACUUCGUAUUUUUGGGUUCCUGUAGUUUAGUUGCAACAGCGGGUCACAGUUCCGAAAGUAAAAACGUUGCCAUUUGGGAUACGUUAAUGCCUAUCAAGAAAGCUUUAGUAGUUUCGUGGACGUGCCACGAGGGCGGCGCGUCGUGCGUGUCGUGGGCGGGCGGCAGCGGCGCGCUGGUGUCGUGCGGGCGGCGCGGCGACGUGCUGGUGUGGGACCUGCGCGCGCGCGCCCCGCGCCACAAGCUGCACGCGCACCACGCGCCCAUCAAGUGCGUCGCGCUCUCGCCGCACGAGGACCAGUACGCGAUCGGCGCGGCCGACGGCGACAUCAAGGUGUUCUCCCUGGCGACGCACCAGUUGUUGCACACGUUUGCGGGUGAACACGCCCGGAGUUCAUUCUUCAAACACAUCGGACAAGGCGUCACGCAAAUAUAUAUUGACAACGGCGGGCGGCUGUUCUCGUGCGGCGCGGACGGCACGAUGAAGGUGCGGCGCCUGCCCGACCGCGACGCGCACCCGCCGCACUACGCGCACUGACCACACACGGUGAACGAGCCAGCGGCAGUAGAGUGGGGUUAGCGAAGGCGGGCCCGGCCCGAUGUGAUCGUUGUAUUUAUCUUGUUGUUGUUCGUGUUACGAGUAUUGAUUGUACGCCCCUAGACUAGUCACUGAGUAGCCCAUGUUGUAUCUUAUAGUCUAAUUGAUUGAUCACUAUGAAUCUUUAGUUCAAAUAUAUACGCUAUUUUUAUUUAAACCUCUCCUAGACGAGGUAUAGGAAUUAUUUAUUCACACUAGCCGAAGAGGUGCGCGGCGGCUGUCGGCCUAACGGAGUGUGACGUUGAAACGAACCAGAGUGUUGUUCGAGUGCAAUAAUCCCUCGCUGUCUUAUGAAUCGCCUACGUCGAUGCCUUCACAGUUACAAUCUAUAAGAAAUUAAGCUUACGAGUGCUCGCACUCAUACUAUAACAUGUUGACGCAUAAUAAAUAAUUAACAUAUUAUAUUUCUAUUUGUCGUCGUGGCUUAGUAUGUGUAAUGUUGUAUUAAAAUAAUUAUUCUUAUAAUCACUAUAUAUCAAAUAUUGUGAUUCACUAAUUACUAACAUCUCAUUGGCGUUCUAUUCUUACAUUCUUUAAUAUUAUAUCACCUUAGGUGUAAGUGUUUCUCCCUAUAUAUUAUGUAUAUUUGAAUAUUGUUCAUGAAUCGUCCAAUUUGUUUUGAGAGCAAUAUUUUCCGCGAUAAAGAAAUCAUAGCAAUAACGUUGAAGAUACUAACAGCUUUGUAUGCCUUGGCAAACAGUAUUAUAAGACAUGUAAAUGAAGGCUGCGAAAUUAUUCUUAAAAUAUAUUUUUAAAAUGAAAUGGUAUUUUUAUGUAUGUUGUGUUGUGAUAUAACUGACGACCUCGGCGUUAGUCUCGCAUUUUAUUCCAAUAAAAUUAUGAAAUUAUUUUAUAUGUAAACUUUUCGGAACUAAUUUCCUUAUUUAGCAAAUCUUUAUUUUUUAUUAUCUUAUUUUAUUAGUUUUACUUUGAACUGUAUUACUGGAAUCACAAUUUAAUUGUACGCCGUUGUGUAUGAAACUACUUCACAUCAUUCUAUUAACAAAGCGUCAUAGUCCAAUUAAUGUGCUCUUAGUGCUGUCAAAAGACAAUUUCCUUAGAUGAUUUCGUUGUUUUUAUUUGGUUAUUUAAUUGUAAUACUUUAGGUUAAUAUUAUUUAGUCACCAAAGUGUAUGCGUACGUAAACAAUAAUAAUAAACAUAUUGAAACAAGUUACCAAACUCUAGAAUGUAUUAAAAAUUCGCACAAUGAAGUAUUUGUACACACUAUUGCUUGUGUGUCACAUCAAAAUGUUUCCUUGCUAUUCACAAAUAUUUAUUCUGCAAUUUUAGACAAACAUUUAGCGUAUUAUUUUACUAUCGUUAAAGUACCUUACCCGAUGGUACAUUAUUAAUUUAUCUUCAUCGUAAUACAAUUUUACUUUGUUAUUAAUUUGUGUUUUUAUACCUUACCUCUUACUAGUACAUUUUGUGAUACAUGUUUCAACAAUAAUUUAUCCAUCCAAGUAUAAAGUGUGUACAUAAUUUCUACAUCACUUGUAACUUUAAAUAGAUAUUCAAUAUUAAAGUAUAUCAUAAAGUCAGUUAUAAAGAGUAACAAAUUUCAAAUAUCGAGCCUGUGUUAUUAUAAUUAAAUUGUGGACAUUGUAUUUGA